CACAACAUGGUUACAUAAAGUAAACAACAGUACUGUACAGUAGUGGCAGAGACGAGUUUUUGUUCUCGCUGUUGAUAGUGGUGAUACAUUCGUGAUGUGAUCAUGGCUUGAUCAAGGUCGCGACAUCAGUAGGGUGCAGCGGCAAUUCUUAUCAUUCUGUCCUUGUCUCACCCCACCAUUGCACUCCCGCUGUUUUCAAACGACAGUAUGCUAUAGAUACUUGAAACCGGGUUCAGUUUAUAUUUCACCGGGAUUCAGUUGACAGCUAAGACACUGGUAAUCUUUUAAGGCAGCUAAAGUAUCGUUCGCAUGCGAAAUGUUUUCAAUCGAGAAAGUAUUAUUUAGGAACAUUUUUUGUGAAACUGUCAUUGUGAUAAGAAUGUUUGAAGCAAUUAUACUACAAAAACAGUGAUGUUUAUCAUAGUAUAAUAGAGUUAUAGUGAUAUUAAUUUACCUACUAUAUAGCUAUUUAGUUCAUCAAUGAAGUGACAGUGAUAUUUCGUCCGUAAUUUGUGUUUCUCAUCGGGGGUUAGAGUGAAGGGUGUAUAUCGAUUGGCAAUGACGUCAUCGCGAUGAGUUGAGCAGUUUUCGUUGUAAUCGAUGCGCCGUUGGAGAUGCGUCGACCGCGUGUGUUCGACUGGCCUGCGACUUUUCUGCUUGGCCUAUGUCUGCCUGUUCGCGGUCGCCGGCGUCGUCCUACUCAGGCACAGAUCGACUUCAUUCUCUCCUCGGACUUACUUUUCAGCCGAAAGUUCUGAGUGGCCAACACUAGACUCUUUCCUCAGCAAAUCUGACAGCAGGUGGAGUGCACUGCAGGAUGGAUCAAAACUGGACUGUUCGUCGCUGCAAGACAUGCUGGAGGUGCAAUCGGUGGCCUACGGGUGGACGAAGGCAGUGUACAGGGCGGUGCUGCGAGGCCAGGCGGUCGCCAUCAAAACGGUGAACAUGCACGGCAGGGACAUGAUGCAGUGCCUGGGUAGAGGGCCGCAUGAAGCCGCCCAGUGGCAAAGACCGACUUCGGCCGAGUGCUAUCGGCGGGCUGCAAACAAGAUCAUCAAAGAGGUCGCCAUUCUCAUACAGCUAGCUCCCCAUCACAGCUUCAUUCAGGUUCUAGGCGCAUGUGUACCAGAUGCUUCGGGGCCCGUAAUUGUGAUGACUGAACUUGGCGAACCGUUAGAUACAGUACAACUCCUACGUUUACCGUGGAUAAAAAGACUGAAGCUGGCGAAAAGUAUAGCAGAAAUGCUAGUGCGGCUAGCACACUCCCCACUCGGCUCGCUGGCAAUGAACGAUCUCCGCAGACAGCAAUUCGUUCUGGUCGACGAUUCGCUCAAACUGUCCGACGUCGACGAUGUUGGCAUGGCCGAACCACACUGCUCAAGAGACAACGAGUGUCACAUUCGCUCCGACAACAACACAGUUAUAGAUGGAGUGAGCUGUGUUAACAGAACAUGCAGUGGCUACAAUGAGCGAUUGAACAUUUGGCGCGCUGGUCAGCACUUCAUCAAACAAUUUUUGCCGAUCGACGUUCCGCCAUUUCUCGAGUCGCGCACUCGCGCUCUGAUGGAUGCUUACGAGCGACGCUCGCCGUCUGCUGGUUGGGACGCCAAGCGCAUACUUGUCGCCACUGACAACCUCCUUCAACUUUACCAUACUCAACACAAUCCCCCUCAAACAACACACAAAUAUGGGUCAAGGAAGAUUCCAGAGGAAGUUUAAAGACUGAUGAAAAUGGGAUUUAAUGAACGGGUAGUUUUAGUAUUGACGCAUUUAAAAAACAGAUGAAAAAUCAAAGCAUGCCUAAUCUAAAACAAGGCCAUAGAUUGCUAGUCAAGAAGCAAUGACUUUUCCUUUAAAUAUUCGUACUUAUGGUAACACCAGAAAUCAAUUAUUUAACAUCAAUCUGAGUUGCUGACUGUGAUAAUAUUAAAAUAAGAUUAAUGGUGCACUUUUCACGAAUUGAAAAGUGAUUUAUGAAUUAUUAUUGUUUUGCUUUAAAUUGUUACCAAUAUUUUUAUAGUAUACACGCAUACUUUGUUGAGAUAAUAAAAAGAAUUUCAAUUA